UGCGAGGGGGAUUAGCAGUCAGGGGUAUAAACGAGACGCCAGGAGAGCAAACGGCACUCGAGCUCAAAGCGAGGAGACGACAAGAAGUCAGACGCUCACCACAAGCAGAAAAGAACAAUGGCAGACGCCCCAGUCGCAACCCCCGCCGACAAGAAGGCGCCCCCAAAGUUCAAGCAGAGGACCACUCGCACCUUCAAGAGCAAGGCCCCGAAACCCGGCCAGAAGGGAUUCGGAGACGACAUCCCCGGCAUGGAAGGUCUGGGCACCGACAUCACGGUGGUCUGUCCCUGGGAGGCCUUCGGCGACAUGGAGCUGAGUGACCUGGCCAAAUACGGAAUCGUCUAGAAGGCCAAAGGUCACGCGUCGCCCAGCACACACUAGUCCCAAACAACCUGAUGUCCUCUUGUGUUAGGCACAACACGGGAUCUUGGGAAACUUCCAAAAUGGUUCCAAUAAGCGAAUCAUGAUGAGAUGUUUCAAAGAUGCUUGAACCGAGGACCACCCGUCACUUGGCCCCUGCUGCCCAUCCUUACUGGCCUUUACCACUCCGUGAACCCCCGUCCCCUCCUCCUCCGGCGCUACUCCUUCUUAUUGUACAGCUAUUUGCGGAAGAAAUGUAUUGUCAUUUUUAUGAACUAUGCAAAUGGCAACUUGGACACAGUCUUCUCCGUAGUAAUGGGAGUCACAGUUGAAUAGAACUGUCAAUAAAUGUCCCCAAAUGCGAA